GGAAAAGAAAAGAAAAAAAAAUAAAAAAUCGAAAAGUUGGGUUCUAAGUGUUGUGGAUUCUAGCAGCCAGGCACAACUCAUUAUCAGGUUGAGUGGUCAAAUUCGAUAGGUUCAUGGCCACAGUCCAAAAUCUUUACAAAAUCAAAAUUCUCUCUUACAAUCCUUCACAUCUCAACCCUCCAUUUUGAAGUUUCAACGUUUCAAGAUUCACUGUUUCUAUCCCCCCCCCCUCCCCCGUCCGCCGGCCUCCCCCGAACCUUCGCCCCACGUUCUUGGCUGCCCCACAAACAAGUGUAUGUACAACUAUACAACAUUGUUGUAAUUUCUCAUUGUGUUGCCUCCUCCAUGCACUCUCUUUAUUAUUUAUUAUAAACCUCAUUAUAUCUCUAUUUUCAAAUCACCAUUCUCUCUCAUUCUCUCUCAUACAGACACACAGUACAUAGGAAUCUCCGUUGUGGGCUGUUUGGGUUUGUCUGCGUUGACAUAAGAUGGUUCUCUAAUUUUGGACUGAGUGAGGUUUUAAAUCCCAUUUCUUGUUAGAUCUGUCUGUUUUUAGAAACCCCUUGUUGUUGUUAAACCCUUAGACCUUGUAAAAAUUCAAUCUUGGAACUUCCUAUAACCUUUGGACCUUAUAACCUUAUAAAAAUUCAAUCUUAGAUCAGUGAGUAACCUUUUGAGCUUAAAGAUUCCAAUUUUGUAUCCUUGAACUUCCUAUUGUCUGUAGAGUUUGUUGAGUUCAUCAAAAUGAGUGAAUCCAAACCAGAAGUGCCAGUUAACAACCCCCCUUCUUAUGCAAGAAACUUUCCUGAUUUCAAACAAUCUGUGAAGCUGAAGUAUGUGAAACUUGGUUAUCAUUACCUCAUUACUCAUGGAAUGUACCUAUUUUUAUCCCCUUUAGUUAUUGUCCUUGCUGCUCAACUCUCUACAUUUUCGCCUAGUGAUUUGUAUGUUCUUUGGGAGCAGCUUAGGUUCAAUCUCAUAUCUGUGGUCAUUUGUUCUACCCUUUUGGUCUUCUUGUCCACCCUCUAUUUCCUAACCCGUCCUCGUCCUGUAUACCUUGUUAACUUCUCGUGCUAUAAGCCUGAAGAUGCUAGGAUAUGCACAAGGAAGAUUUUCAUGGAGAGGUCUAAGUUGACUGGUUCGUUCCCUGAUGAAACUCUUGAGUUCCAGAGGAAAAUUCUUGAGAGGUCUGGCCUUGGUGAAUCAACGUAUCUCCCUGAAGCUGUGCUUAGGGUACCACCAAAUCCAUGUAUGGCAGAAGCACGAAAAGAAGCUGAGACUGUUAUGUUUGGUGCCAUUGACGAGCUCCUUGCUAAAACUGGUGUUAAGCCAAAGGAUAUUGGAAUUCUUGUUGUAAAUUGCAGCUUGUUUAAUCCGACACCCUCGUUGUCUGCAAUGAUUGUGAACCACUACAAGCUUCGUGGAAACAUCGUUAGCUACAAUCUAGGUGGAAUGGGUUGCAGUGCCGGUUUAAUCUCAAUCGAUCUUGCAAAAGAUCUUCUUCAAGUCCACCCCAACACAUAUGCCUUGGUGCUCAGCAUGGAAAACAUCACCCUGAACUGGUAUUUUGGGACCGAGAAAUCCAUGCUGCUUCCAAAUUGCUUAUUCCGUAUGGGAGGUGCUGCUGUAUUGCUCUCCAACAAAGGAUCUGAGCGAAGAAGAUCAAAGUACCAGUUGGUGCAUACUGUCAGAACUCACAAAGGUUCUGAUGACAAGUGCUUUUCUUGUGUUUACCAAAUGGAAGAUCCCAAUGGAAAAGUUGGAGUAUCUCUGUCGAAGGAUUUGAUGGCAGUAGCUGGCGAUGCUCUAAAGACCAAUAUCACCACAUUGGGUCCUCUUGUGCUUCCCAUGUCCGAGCAGUUGCUUUUCUUCGCCACCCUCGUGGGAAGAAAACUUUUGAAGAUGAAGAUCAAGCCUUAUAUCCCAGAUUUUAGAUUGGCCUUUGAGCAUUUCUGCAUUCACGCCGGUGGUAGAGCUGUGUUAGAUGAAAUAGAGAAAAACCUCCACCUCACUGACUGGCACAUGGAGCCUUCAAGGAUGACAUUGUAUCGAUUUGGAAACACCUCAAGCAGUUCCCUUUGGUAUGAAUUGGCCUACUCAGAAGCUAAGGGAAGGAUCAAGAGGGGAGACCGAACUUGGCAGAUAGCAUUUGGUUCAGGGUUCAAAUGUAACAGUGCAGUUUGGAAAGCCUUACGAUCAAUUAAUCCGGCCAAGGAGAAGAACCCGUGGAUGGAUGAGAUCGACCAAUUCCCCGUGGAUGUUCCAAGGAUUGCAAAAAUCUAACAAUCCAAUGGCGCUUUCGUUUAGUAUAGUGUUCCAUCAAAAUCGCAGAUGAUUAUUCUUUUAUCAGUUGCCAUGUGCCAUGAUGUGCUGUUCAGUUGUUUCCUUGUGAUUCUCAAGUUAGUCUAUAGCUGAUCUAAUUCUAUUUGAGAAGCUUAGAUAGGGAAUUCUACUUGCUAUCAAAUGUAUUAUGAGGAUCAAGUAAGUGUUAUUCUCAUUUUGAUGUUUCUGGAUAUCGAGUUUAGGAUCAUUAACUUAUUGUUAAUUUGGAAUUCAGAGGGUAAUUACUGAAUAUCUAUGAGUUGAUAUUCGUGUACCUAUUUCUUAUUCGUGAUUUAUCCUAGAGAAUUAUUCAUCAUGUAAUGUUGAUUGUUUAAUCAGUGCAACACAAUGUGGACAGCAGUUGUUAAUGUGUCAA